GGAAAUAGGCGGUGCGCGCACGCGUCCACCACGUGACCUCGCCUUCUUCGGCGCCUGCGCAGGAGCGAGCGGCGGCCCCGUUGAGCGCGGGCGGCUCGGCCGCGGAAUGGGGGGAACGGCCGCCGAGGCGGAUCGAACGCUGUUCGUGGGGAACCUGGACCCCAAGGUCACCGAGGAGCUGAUCUUCGAGCUGUUCCAUCAGGCAGGUCCGGUAAUUAAAGUUAAGAUCCCUAAAGAUAAAGAUGGUAAACAAAAGCAAUUUGCGUUUGUGAGUUUCAAGCAUGAAGAAUCUGUCCCGUAUGGAAUGAAUCUCCUUAAUGGGAUCAAGCUGUAUGGACGGCCCAUCAACAUUCAGUUCCGCUCAGGGAGCAGCCACGCAUCUCAGGACAGUAAUUCAUCGUGUUUACCACACGGAGCAGCCAGCCUGGGCCCAUCUGGCACACCACAUCCAGCCAGCAGACACGACAGGAAUACAGAUGGUAUGUUACCAGCAGGGUUCUCAUCUAUGCAGAGGUCUUUGCCAUCUCAUGACAACCUUCAGAGACAAGCAGGGAUGCACGGUGCUGUGUGGCAACAGUCUCAGCCUGGCUUUGCUGUGCCUGGGUACCAGCAUGGCCACUCCCUUGGUCACCCAUCAGCCUUCCACAUGCUGCGGCGUCCGGACAUUGCAGUGCUGCGCAAAAGCAGGAUGGGCUCCCACCCCUACUACCCAGACAGCAGGCAUUUGGGCCGAGAACAGCGUGCAGGGGACCGGGGGCCUGAUUAUGGCAGGGGUAAAAGGGAUGGCUAUGAAGACAGAGGGCACAUCUCUGAGCACCAUUACCGGGGGAGCAGAGAUGAGCCGUUCUACGACGAUAGGAAUCGCAGCGCAUGGAGCCACGAUUACGACAGCAGGAGGGAGAACUACAGAGAGGGCAGCUGGCGCUUGACGCGACACUGAUACGUGCAGUGGGCUUUAAAGAACUUAUGCAAAAGAAAGAUAAAUCAAAGUUCCCUUUUAA